AUGCCGGAGCUGUCGCGGCUCACACAGGAGUCCCAGGCUUGUUCUACUCCUUGGGAAGGGGCCGUGCUUCUCAUGCUGAAAGGACAGCAGGCCAAGUGGCAAAAAGCAGGUCCCAAAGGAGAGAAGGGAGACGCUGGUCUUCGAGGUCCGCCAGGAACGCCAGGACCUCAGGGUCCAAAAGGUGGUAAAGGAGAAAGAGGUGGCAAAGGGGACCCAGGCGAACGCGGAGCAAACGGCACCCCAGGUUAUCCAGGCAAACCUGGAGGACAAGGCGAAGCUGGAGCCAAAGGCAACAAGGGCAGCUACGGCCUCCCUGGGCUGAAGGGCCAGAAGGGCAGCAAAGGGGACGCUUGUGAGAACGGCACCAAAGGAGCCAAGGGAGAUCAGGGGGAUCCCGGGGCGCCGGGGCUGGAUGGAGAACGCGGCAACAAGGGGGAGAAGGGAGACAGCGGGGAGAAGGGGUAUUGCGGGGAGCCGGGAGGGAGAGGGGAGAAGGGCGAGAGGGGAGACGGGGGCGCGAAGGGAGAGAAAGGCAGCAAGGGAGAGACGGGGCAUGCAGGUGACCUUCCAGCCAAAGCCACGUGCAGAUUUCAGAGCUGGACUGAUCAAAGGGAACUCCUCUCUCCUCCCUUGUCCUUCCUGACGGUGCUGCGCCUCGGCGCGGGCGACCAGGUGUGGCUGGAGGUGGCGCGGGACUGGAACGGCCUCUACGCCAGCGCCGAGGACGACAGCGUCUUCACGGGCUUCCUCCUGUACCCCGAUGACGGCCCCGAGGCGCCGCUGUAG